AUGGGCUUCUGGAAGUUCCCCCCGUUCCUGGUCCUCAGCAUUCUAGUCCUGAACCAGGCAGGUAUGCUCCAGGCAGCGCCAUUCAGGUGGGCCUUGGAGAAUGGCUUUGAUCCCGCUACACUCACCAAUAAGGAAAUGCGCCUCCUACUGGCUGCAAUGAUGAACGAUUAUGUGCAGAUGAAGGCCUGUGAGCUGAAGCAAGAGACAGGAGGGCUUCAGGAGAGAGAGGGCAGCCGCAUCACUGCCCAGAAGAGAUCCUGUAACACUGCGACCUGUGUGACCCAUAAGAUGGCGGGCUGGCUGAGCAGGUCUGAGAGUGUGGUUAAGAACAACUUCACGCCCACCAACGUGGGCUCCAAAGCCUUUGGCUGGCACCGCAGCGACCUUCAGGCCUGA